AUGCAAAUGUAUUGCAGCAACUACUACAGCGAAUCAUCGGAGCCGAUUGAACACUGUGAUUGGUGCCAAAGUGAGCAGAGAAGUGCCAGACAUGGCGGUUCUUCAAAGAAACCAGCGGCCGGAAAUGAAGCCGGAACCACCAACAGAUCGGAGUAUUCCGGCGACAAGAUCAAGCAACAUGAUCGUGAAGAGAGCACCGAGAAGGGAAAAAGUCCGACUGGAGCACCGUCGCCGCGGCCUACUACUCGCAGGUACAAGCUUCUCAAGGAUGUCAUGUGUUGA